AUGAGUCAGGAAAAAUCUUUGAAGGAAAAGAUCUUCGGCAAGAGCCGUGAGGACUACGAAGUCGCCGCCGACAAGGCCCAGGAUCUGGGGGUAAAUUUUUCACGCCAAAAGUUCCUUUCAUCAAAAAAAGAUUCAGUGGCAAAAAACGUACCAUUUUGCAUCCGGGAAGUAUAAAAAAUGUGGCAAAAUGCCUCCCUGUCCAUCUAAAAAAAACUGCAUUUUGAACUGCGCGAUCCCUUUCCCUCACAAAAAGAGUUUGCGCGCUUUUCAAAUCGUAGUUUUUUCACUUGGAGGGGAGGUAUUUUGCUGCAUUUUUCAUACUUCCCGGAUGCAAAAUGGCAUGUUUUUGGCCAAUGGAUCAGGUCCGCCACUGUGUAUCCUUCAAAAUCCUUUCAGGAUAAGGCCUGCGAACAGGCCAACGAAGCGCAACGUUUGGCGGAGGCCCGAGUGAAUCAGACCACUCAACGUGCGCACGAGAUCCACGACGACGCCACGCAGAAGAUCGAAGAUCUCCGCCGCGAGGGAAACUUGGCCUCGGAAAGAGCGAAUGCCAUCCGCAAUGCGACCGGUAGGGGGGCUAGAAUUUUUUCGGGCCUUUAAUAGACUCUGUGUGUCACAUACGAUAUAAUGAUUUGAUGUUUUAGGCGCGCAUCUCGAAAGCUCAGGCAAAAAUAUGAGAUCCAAGUGA